AUGACACAGGAUAUUGAAAAAGCAAAAGAAUUGUUACAGAUUCAAGCUGUGCGCCAGCAUACUGCCCCAAUCUUUGAGCUUGCCUUGCAGAACAAUUUGGAUUACUUUGAUGUUGAUCUGUCCAAAGUCGAUGAUGUUGUUGACUUUGUUACUGAUGUCAUUGAUAGAGAUUUCAAAGACAAGUAUGAUACUAUCCCACCACAUGGUCGUUGGGGUCAUCUCAACGCUGGUGGUGACUUGCGUGUCGAGUCCUUGAUCGAACUAUGGAGAUCACAGAAUGUUGCUGAGAUUGAGAUCGGAAAGAAGCUCAUCGAUCUUUUCGUUUUCUCCGUGUUGAUCGAUGCUGGUGCCGGCAAUGAGUGGAGAUACAUCGAGAAGGGAACGUCCAAAGUUUUCAAUAGAUCUGAAGGUUUGGCCAUUGUAUCUAUUGAUAUGUUCAAGAAUGGUGAACUGAGCGACGAUCCAAAUGAUCCUUAUAAGGUCAGUGCAUCUAAGUUGGUGUCCUUCGAAGAGCCACAAUUGAUCAAAUCAUUUCAAAUCACCAAGGCUAAUCCUCUAACUGGAACUGAAGGACGCUUACAACUUCUGCAAAAUUUGGGUAAGGCAUUGCAAUCGAACAAUGAGAUUUUUGGUGAGGACGGUAGACCAGGAAAUCUCAUUGAGUACCUCCACAAGCAGUCUGUUGAUGAUUCAUUUGAACUUCCACUACUAUGGAAUGCAUUGAUGGAAGGGCUUACAUCCAUCUGGCCGAAGGGAAGAACUCAAGUGGAUGGUGUAUCUCUCGGUGACGCAUGGCCUUUAUCUACGACGGCUAAGCUUGGUGUAACUGACUUUGUUGACACCAUCAUCCCUUUCCACAAGCUCACACAAUGGCUGUGUUAUUCACUAAUUGUUCCCCUGAAGGAUUAUGGUUAUAAGUUCAACAUUUCAAAGCAGACGCUACAAACCGGAUUACCAGAGUACCGUAACGGAGGUUUGAUCUACGAUUUGAAAGUCAUUGAGUUGAAGCCGGAACAUCUCAAGCGUGGACUUGAGCUCUCCAAGGAGAUCAAAUCAAAGACACCAGAGAUUCCAAGUUUUACACCGGAUGACGGUGUGAUUGUCGAAUGGAGAGCGCUCACGAUUGGCUUUUUGGACUAUAUCCUACCACUCGUCAACAAGAAGCUCAACUAUGAUCUAUCCUUACCACAACUUAUUGAAGCUGGAAGCUGGAAAUCUGGAAGAGAAAUUGCCGCACAAUUGAGGCCAGAGACUAAGGGACCACCAAUUGAUCUCUACAGCGACGGCACAGUGUUUUGA